UUUGAGAACGACAACUUCCCAUGUGUUUCCUGAAUUUAUCGACAUGAAAUUGUGAUAAGUAUCACAAGGAAAUAUUAGUGCAUACUCUGACUGUGAAAGACACAGCGACAGAUGGUCAGUUAGGCUAGCCUGUGUGUGCCUGGUGUGCUGUUUCUCUUGUGUGUUUCGCUGCUGUAGAUUGUAGGCUGCUGGGUUGUGUUUGACAGGACGGACACGCUGCUGUAUGGAUGAUACGGUGGAGAGCUUGUCGGAGGUUUCCCUUUUAAAAACCCCGGCCAAUGGACACGAAUAUUUCGCCAUGAAGUGUUACUUAACCGUGUUUUCUAGCGUCUGACGUUAGCUCUCUAUGUAAUAGCAAUGCCCCUUGCUCCUGCAAACCAGUCCCAGUUGAUUCGGUCCAACCAAAAGGACGAAUAUUAUCAAACGUUUCUGAGAAACAACGCUAACGAAGCUUUCCAAACACUUGCUGGAUCCAAAAGAUGGCUGGACUGGAGGAAAGAAAUAGAGCUGCUGUCAGACCUUGUGUACUAUGGUUUAACAACAUUCUCAGGUUACCAAACUCUGGGCGAGGAGUACGUCAGCAUCGUUCAGGUGGAUCCCACCAAACGACAGAUCCCUUCCCGGGCCAGACGCAGCCUCUUUGUCCUCUGCCAUGCCCUCCUGCCUUACCUUUUGAACAAAGCUGUUGUGUGCCUAGAGAAUGAGCUGGAACGUGGGCAGGAGGGCCAGAGUGGUGUCAGUCGGCGGCAGGCGGCGCCCGGACCGUGGAGCUUGGAGUCCUGGCUGAGGAGAUGGAUGCGGAGGGCAGUGGGGCUGUUGUCAGAGCCCCAGAGGAGAGCAUGCCUGCCAGCUGUGUUUGUCCUUCAGCAGAGUCUGACCCUCCUGCACCGACUCCAUGUGGCUCUGUUCUACAUCAGCGGCUCUUUCUAUCACCUGUCCAAGAGGAUGGCUGGUAUCAGCUAUCUGCGUGUGAUGGGCCCGAACAGCAGUGACGGGACCAUCAGGAACAGCUACAGGCUGCUGGGGGCCGUGUCCCUGCUCCAGCUGCUCAUCACUGUGUGUCUCCAGCUCAACAACUUCAGACAGAGACAGAGAGCCAGGCAGGAGUGGAAGCUCCACAGGAACCUUAGUCCCCAGCACACAGAGAGCUCGAGCCCCAGAGCUGCCCGCUGUAUCCUCUGUCUGGAGGAGAGGAGACACUCCACCUCCACCCCCUGUGGACACCUCUUCUGCUGGGAGUGCAUCACAGAGUGGUGCAACACCAAGGGUGAUGUGAUGACACACUAUGCCACUGAUCAACGGGUGGAGAUAAUGCAUCAGUAAUGCAGCAGGCAGAGUGCCCUCUGUGUCGGGAGAAGUUCCAGCCUCACAGACUGGUGUACCUGCGGAACUACAGCUAGAUCAAAGAAAAGUUGAUUUUGAAUUUAAAUGUUGAAAUUUUUGAUUGUACUAGUUGAAUCAUGUAAAUGUUAUGUUCAGUUUUAUUUUUUUGACAUAUGCAAUUAAAAUACUGGAAAUGUCUCGAUA